AUGCGAUUCGUUGAAGUCGCCUUGCAGCAUGACGAGGCGUCAUUACCUCUCUUUUCAAGUCGCCGCGUCAUGGGCUUGUGUGCGCUGCUGCAGUCGCACUGGAGCGUCGAGCGUUUGCCAAAGUCACCGCGGCAGAUUGACGCCGAGGCGUUCCUCUUCUGCGUUCCAUCGCCGUUUGCCUGCGACGCCUACCACGUCUCGCACUGCGUGCGUUUUAGCCGCUGGCACCUCUUCGUCGCGGCCUUUGUCACGCAGUUUUGCGUUGGGUCGCUCUACGCGUGGUCGGUCUACAAUGCGUACAUUGACAACUACAUCUUGGGCGACCCGGCAGCCGGCCACGCGGUCGUCGCCUUCUACCUUGCGUGCGGCUCUCUCGGGCUCUCGGCGGCGAUUCUUGGUCCGUGGCUCGAGCGCACGGGCCCUCGGUUCGCGAUCGCGGUCGGCGCGACGCUCUUCUUGAUCGGACACAUUGGCGCUGGCCUCGGUAUCUACUACAAGAGCAUGGCGCUCGUCUACGUGGCCUACGGCGGCGUCGUGGGGGCAGGCAUUGGCAUUUGCUACAUCUCGCCGGUUGCCACACUCCAGAAAUGGUUUCCCGAUUUGCGUGGCACGGCCGGCGGCUUUGCCGUCUGUGGCUUUGGCGCCGGGCCCGUGCUCUGGGCGCUCCUCUUCCCGUACCCGAUCAAGCUGACACCCGUGUACCUCUCUUUCGUGAUGUUUGGGGCGGGCAUGAGCCUCAUCCUGUAUGCCUGUGCGAUCGUGAUGCGCACGCCACCACCGGGCUUCUCCGUGCAUGGGAAGGACAUGCAUGGCAUCCACCGAGCCCGCGUCCGAAGGAUGGCCGACGAGAACGUCCGGCUGCCGCGGCGCGCGCCCAACGGCAACGUCAUUUUGUUUGUGCCGGAAGACUUGGAGGAGGUGCCGAUGGUCCAAGAGACGACGACUGAGCAUCCACACGAGUACUACCGCGAGUCGGAGAUGGACGACUCGGAGCUCUUUUACUUUCAACGUAUCAAGCAGCUACCGCUCGCAGCGUGUGUCAUGUCGCCUGAGUUUGCCUUGUUGUGGGUCAUGUUUUUUCUUGAAAUUUCGUUUGGCCUCGUGCUCAUCUCGCGCCUCAAGGACAUGGAUUUGUACCUCUUUAGCGCCAAUAUCACGGCCUUCACACCCGACGACGUCGACCGCGCCGAGCGCAUGGUCAGCUACAACGGCAUCUUCAACUUUGCCGGUCGGCUUGUCGUGCCCAUGGUCUCGGAUCUGCUCAUUCGCGGGUGCUACGUGCACCCCGCAGACGGCCGCAAGCUCAUCUUCCUUUUCAUUCUGGCGGUCCAAGGCGGCAUCGCGCUCGUGCUGCAGUCGACGCUGGAGCAAAAGAACCACGGACUCUUCCAGACGCUUGUGUGGCUCCUCACUUUUGUCUACGGUGGCGGCUUUGGCACGAUCCCGUGCCUCCUCUGUGAUAUGUUUGGCGCCUUCAACAUCGGCGCGCUUCACGGCAUCAUCCUCACGUGCUGGUCCAUUGCGGGCGUUGGUGGCGGUCUCGGGUUCACCUCGAUCUUUGACGCCGCCAUCAAGACGCAGUCGACUGUCGCUGCGUACGGGGCCGCGAUGCCGCUCUUCAGCAUCGGCGCAGCCGUGGGCAUUGGCGCGCUUCUGUUGGUCCGCACAAGCCCCGUCGACCGGUUCGCGCCCGGGUACCAAUUUAGCAUCGGUCGCUUGACGCUCUGCCACUUUGGUCGACGCAACGCAAAGACAAUCCAGCAGCCGCGCGCCCCGACGUCGGGCCGCGUGACUGGCAACGACUACCACGACCUACCGUCGCGUUCCUAA